AUGGCUGGCGAUAAUGAAAAUGCUGAUUUCAAAUUAUAUCAAUAUGAUCCUUCUCUCACAGCCGCGGUCAUCUUUAUCAUCCUCUUCCUUUUGAUAACCUUGCUGCAUACUUACCAACUUGUUCGGACGCGGACGUGGUAUUUCAUUCCCUUUUGCAUAGGUGGAUAUUUUCAAUGGAUUGGAUACAUUGGUAGAGCGAUCGGAUCUCAAGAGUCUCCAGAUUGGAGCGUCGGGGCUUACGUCCUGCAGUCGAUCCUAAUCCUCGUCGCCCCGGCGCUUUUUGCGGCAAGCAUCUACAUGGAAUUGGGCCGUGUCAUUCGUCUGACGGAUGGAGCUGUCCACUCAGUCAUCAAUACACGAUGGUUGACUAAGAUAUUUGUGGCUGGAGACGUGCUUUCGUUUCUGAUGCAGGGAAGCGGUGGAGGAAUCAUGGCCAGCGGUACUGAAUCUUCAAUGACGACGGGAGAAAAGAUCAUCAUCGGUGGCCUCGUCCUGCAAAUCCUGUUCUUCUCCUUCUUCAUCAUCGUCGGCAUCACUUUCCACAUCCGAAUGCACAGAAUGCCUACCUCCAAGGUCCUCAGCAGCGGAAGCACAGCGCAUGUCUGGAAGAAACACCUCUACGCGCUGUACGGUGGUAGUUUGCUCAUUCUCGUCCGAUCGGUGUUCCGCUUGAUCGAGUACGCACAGGGGAAUGAUGGUUAUCUGAUUUCGCACGAGGUGUAUCUUUACAUCUUUGAUUCCGUGCUCAUGGUCGCAGCCAUGAUUUUGUUCGCAGUCAUACAUCCGAGCGAGGUCAAUGCGAUGUGCGAUGAAAGGGGGCCCAUCUGUUCCAACUGCGUGGCCAGGGAGCUGGACUGUUCAUAUGUGCACCAACAACGAGAAGGCAUCAAUCAUGAUCCGGUGACGACAGCAGCCACGGCGGGCCUCGACCCAGAUCAUAAUCCUCCUUCGUUGCUUCACCACUCAACUCACGAGUCACAAGAAGUCGCCAACGGCGGGCGGGUUAGCAAGGCUUAUGGCCACGACGACGACAUCUCUGCGCAACGAAUUCUCGAACUGGAACUGAUGCAUCAUUACUCAACCUCGACCUACAAAUCCUGUGUCGGCGUGUCUGACAACACGAUAGCUGCCGAUAUAUGGCAGAGAUUCGUUCCCAUGCAAGGUUUAAAGCACGAUUUUCUUCUCCAUGGCAUCCUGGCCUUUGCAGCGCUCCAUAUGGCCACCAAGUUGAAACAGUCAACCGCAGAAGACGCCAGCGAAUCCCGCGAACCCGAUGUGUCUUUCUUGCUGAUAUCUGGUCGCUCGCCGUCCUUCUACUUCCGCAAGGCCCUCGAAUAUCAAAACAUGGCAUUUGCAUCUUUCCACUCGGUCCUCCCUGACGUGACGCAAGCUAACUGUGACGCUGUCUUUGCGUUUUCCAUACUCACCAUGCUCCUCGCCAUUGCGAUUCCGCAACAAUCAGCGUUCUUCUCAACAACGACCGGGGAGUCUGUCGUAGACAGAAACAACCUGGCUGGUAAAGACAACUUGGACUUUGCUUCAAACCCCAACCUCAACAUGGAUUUUCAUCUGACACCUCUUCAAAGCAUAUUCACGCUCUUCGAGUUUUUGAAGGGAGUCGGCUCUAUCGUCCAAGUAAGCCGUGAAUGGCUUCAUGGAGGCCCCUUUCGGUUUCUCAUAAACAGGUACGCCGAGUACUGGGACUGGCGCUGGCGCCUGGCAGACCCGGAUGUCAUCGAAGCACUCUGCAAGUUGAGAGAGUUGAAUGAGCGACUUAACGCGAACGUGACCACGACCACGCCUCAAGGAGGUAACCAGAGUGGGAACCGGCGCGGUGGCACGUCCACGGUCCUCGAAAUCAACGACUCGGCCAUCUCCCAGCUCGAAUUUAGCUUCGCCAAACAAGGCCCGGUAAACACAGAAACCCCAAUUUCAACUCCUGCUUCCAGAUCUCCGUCUGCCUCUGCUUUUCUCUCAGCUUCGGCGACAGGGGCGGUUUCAGUACCCACACCCACUUUCACUCCACCGUCCUCAUAUCGAGAUCGGGGACACAUCAUCGGCUGGCUCGCCAUGGCGGGAAAGGACUUCAUCUCAUGCCUGCGCGACGGCAACUCUGUCUCACUACUGAUUUUCCUGCACUGGGCUGUCUUGCUCGAUUGCCUGGACGACGUAGAUAUCUUCUGGUGGUCGCGCGGGUCGGGCAAGGCGUUGGUCAAGAAUGUAAGUGAAAUUUUACACUUGAGGGGCCCUGAAUGGGUGGAAAGGACGGCUUGGGCGAGGACAAAAGUUGGGCUGGCUUGA